AUAAUUAAUAUACUUCAUAUUGCUAGUAUCUAUCAAUUGAAACUUAGAACGUUACUAUUAAUUCUAACGAAAUUUACUAAUUUAAUAAUAAGAAAUUAGUUUUUCAAUAUUAGAGAAUUUGAAAAAUUACUGAUAGCAAUACUCAACAUAAAUACUAGCUACUUCAAAGAAAUUUGACUAAUCUUAUUAAAUGCAAAUUGAUGACCCAGAAGCUCCAUUCUGUUUUGGGUCUCGCGAUGUCUCGACAAUGCCCAAAUUUCUUAGAGAGGCCACGAAUUUCAAACGGGGAAGAAUAGAUUGAAAGUUCGUACGCGUGCAGAGGAGGCGAGAGAUUAUGCGAAUUCCGCCGAUCUCGGAACAGACGGUGCAUGCAAGAAGCUCCGAUACGAGUUCAGUGUUAAUCGAGCCGUCCGAUAGUACGACUGGCCCAACGGUGUUUGUAAUGAUACACCGGCAUCUUGAACGUUUCAUAUCGUUCGUUUGAGCAAACCGGUUAAGUUCGCACGUGAAAAUCACCGCAAUUGGUUCUUCUUACGACGUUUUACGAGAGCCAUCCGAAUCCACCAGUGUUGCCACGAGAGUGGUAACAAAGGAUGUUAUCCUGGUCCGUGCAUCCACUUCUGGGGAAGGCGUUUCGGAGUUGGCCGCGUUCCGAUAGACAGAUAGAGGACAUGGAGGACAAUCCGAAAUCUUUGCCGUCGAAAAAGUCCACGACCUCGUCCACGCUUCCUUCGCGAUGGGUGUUGUUGAAGACCUCGCUGCCCUUGGAAUCGGAUGCGAACUCGUACACGGAAGAGCGAUACCUGGAGUGCGGCCCGCCGCCCCCGAUAGAGGAACCUCACUGUUACUCGGUCUGCGCCAGCGAAAGCUCCUGCACGGAAGACUUUAAUUGCACGUUCCAGAUCAACAAAGAUGCGAUUAAGAAUAUUCUGGUAGAGCACAUGAGAUACGUGCGCGGUCGGUCCCAGCUGUUAGGCGACCUGGAGAUGAACAAACUGGACCUGGAGGAUCUGAAAGGUGUCGCCAACGUGUACAAGAUACACGAGAUAAACGCGCUUUUGCUGUACGCCUGCUUCAUCGGCCGAACGGAUCUUAUCGUUGCUCUGCACAAGUGCGGGGCGGAUUUGAACUAUUCGGAAGAGAAGCAAGGUCUCACCCCUUUGCACCUGUGCGCGUUCAGCAAUUGUUUGGAAGGCGUGCAGUAUCUGUUAGAUAACGGCGCUAACAUGUACCUGAACAAAAACAACACGCCGUUUCAUUACGCUGCUUUCGGGGAUGCCUCAAGGGUAGCUCUGUAUUUCCGUCAAUUGGGGAUCAGUCAGAAAUCAGCGCAGGGAGAGACCGUUCUGCACGUUGCGGCUAGGUCGAACUCCGCGAACGUGUUGAAGUUACUAGCACCGAAUAAUCCAACCAUAAACUUAUUCGACCACAACGGAUACGCCGCUAUACAUCACGCAGCGGACAAAGGGUAUCCUUGCUUGGAGGCGCUCUUAGAUGCCGGUUGCGAUCCAAACCUGAUUACUAAAAAAAAGGGCAACACAGCCGCGCACCUAGCCGCGGAGUCUGGCUGCGCGAGAAACGUCGAUCUGUUGGUCGAACACGGCGCAAAUGUUACAUUAGAGAAUAACAGAGGACAGACAGCGUUGCACGUAGCCUGCCGCUCUCAUUCUUUGGAGUGCGUGGAGAUACUGCUAAAGAGAUGCGGCUGUGAUCCUAACAUCGGCGACGACGACGGAAAAACCGCCCUUCACCUCGCUCUAGGCAGAUCUUUGUUGGCUCACAACGUCACCGAGUUUCUCGUGACGUGGAAGGCCGACGUGAACAAAACCGACAAAUACGGCUACACGCCGCUUCACAUCGCCGCUUUGAACGAGCUGUCCCAAUGCGUGGACAUACUGAUCCAGCACGGCGCGGAUCUCAGCGCCAGAACGAAGGGCGGGACCAGCGCGUUGUCCAUCAUCUUGCGAAAAACCCCGACGUCGUUGAACGUCUUCAAGCAGAGACUGGACGCGUCGAUCACGCUUCAUCAGCACGAAACCGCCACGGGCGAAGUGGAGCUCCGUUUGGACUUUCAUCCUCUGUUGAUGCACCAGCAACAGGGAGAGAUCAGGUACUUGGGCACUUUCGUGGAAGAGGGCUACAAGGAGAUUCUCGAGCAUCCGCUUUGCCAGGCGUUCCUCUAUUUGAAGUGGCAGAAGAUCCGGAAGUAUUACGUCGGCAGGCUGGCCUUCUACCUGUUCUACGUUCUUAUACUCACGGGUUGGGUAAUGACUGCUUUAGCGCACAACUGUUACAACGAGUCCCACGGCCAAUUAGAUGUUACCCAGCCGCCAUUGUGUGCAAAUACCACCGGUAUAAACGGUUUCCUUUACAGACAUCCCGCGCUGCUCGAGAUGGAAUGGUACGCGUUGAUGGUCUUGACCGUUCUCGAGGCGUUCCGCAAGCUGACCAGCGUUCCGACGUAUCCGUCGGUUCGCCAGUUCUUCGCUCAGGCCGAGAACAUGGUCGAAUGGUGCAUGAUCCUGAGCGUGUUCGCCACCUCGUUCGUCUACACGGGUCAAACGUACCCGUGGCAGAGUCACGUGGGGGCGUUCGCGGUGCUCUGCGGUUGGAGCAACCUGAUGCUGAUGAUCGGCCAGCUGCCGAUAUUCGGGGCGUACGUAGCGAUGUUCACCAGCGUCCAGGCGCAAGUGUUCAAGCUCCUUUUGGCCUAUGCCUGCCUCUUGGUGGGCUUCACCGCGAGCUUCUGCGUCAUCUUCCCACGGUCAAAGUCGUUCAGCAGCCCGCACAUCGGUCUGAUCAAAGUCCUCGUGAUGAUGACCGGUGAACUCAACUUCGAGGAUCUCUUCUUUCCUAUCGAAGAGGACGGCAAGCACACGGACGCCGGCGGCACUUCUUGGAUUCUGCUCCAGGUGUCCGCUCAGCUGUCGUUCGUACUGUUCCUUCUGUUCGUUACCAUUGUUUUGAUGAAUCUCCUGGUGGGAAUAGCCGUUCACGAUAUAAAGGGCCUCCAAAAAACAGCUGGACUGGCAAAACUCGUUCGCCAGACGAAACUCAUCUGCGACGUCGAGACUGCACUUUUUUGGGGCCUGCUGCCGAAACGAUUGACCAAAUUUUUACGAUGGACGGCUCUGCUGAUACCGUCGCCCCUGAGGGUAUGUCUAACCGUUCGACCUCUGAACCCAAGAGAGACCAGAUUGCCGCGCGAUUUGUUGACCGCCGCUCACAAGGUCGCCAAAGAGCGAAAAAAUAUUGGCGAUACCCUGUGCAGCAGAAAGACCAACAGCACGAUGUGCACGUAUCUCAAGAAUGACCCUUACUCGACGAUUCGUUUUCGUUCACCCAAGGAAGACGUAUUCGUCGAGAAUACCACGACCAAAGUAGAAUUGGAGGAGCUCAAGAGGAUCUGCGAAAGAAAUCAAACACUUCUACGGGAUCUUAUGACGACCCUGGUUGCAGACAAACAGCAUAACACGAGCAAAGAAGAGGAUAACGCUAAAUUAAUUCAGUGCCUUAAUUCAUGGAAUUCAAACGCAGGGAGAGUGCUUCCCAACAAAAUUGGAAAUGACUCAUUGAAAAGAGUGCCGCUGUGUGUUACGUCGCAGUUUCUUCGUCUUGGCGCGCACGGCGGGCAAAAAAUUAAAAGGGAAAUUCACGGGAACGGUAUGGAGGGUAGCCGAGCUCAGGACGGGUCCAGCAACGUGCCGAAAAUUACCGUGCAAAGGCCGUCGAUGACGGACGACGAAAUAUUGCGGCGUUACUCGUUAACGAGUUUAAGAGGACGUCGUCUUUCGUUCGACGAGAACGAUGGCUGGCGAACGAUUGAGGAAGGGGACAAAGAAGCUCGCGAAAAUGUCGGCAAGACGAUCCAGAGGAGGAUGAAAUCGUUGACGAGCCACGAAAGAAAGACGAGACAUUAUUCGUUGACGAGACUGAAAAAUCGACGUUCGUUUCUGCACUUGGACGAGGGAAAGAAAUGUUGGAGGACGGACACGGGAACCGUUAACGAGACUAAUAAUAAUAAAACGACGCAAACGUUGAGGGUGCAGCCCGCUCGCGAAGGUAAAACGAGGCACGUAUCCCUGUCGAAUUUGAACGAUCGAUCCAACGAUCACCUUUCCACGAGGUUGGCCUCCACCUUCAGAUCGGUCAGGUACAGGCACAAUAGCUACUCGGAGAAGAUCGAGAUCAACGAUACCCCACUGACCGACUCCGCGAACGACCAUGUAGAAAUCGACGCUGGUACGCCCCCGCCUGCCGACGAGUCUCUCUUCUACGACAAUCUGGACGUGUGCAGGCAGGCACAGAUCAACGGUAACGAUCUGCGAUCGAUAAUGUGGUCGAUCGUCACCGCCGCGGAAAUGAAGCUUUUGUUCGAAUUGGAGAAAUGCAACACGUUGCCGGAGUUACCGUCGGGUGAAAGGAUAAGGAACAUCGCUUACGUGUGGUGUUGUUACCGCGGUCUGACCCAUCUGUUGCCGAAACUGGAGCAGACAGGGGUAAAUCUCGAUUACACGGAGCCUCGUACAGGUAUGAACGCGAUUCUCGCGGCCUCGUUGAGCGGCAACGUGGCGUGCAUCGAGCACCUGAUCAAGAAGGGCGCCGACGUAAAUUGCAGAAAUCCGAUAAAUUACUACACAGCCCUUCACUUCGCGGUCCUCGGAAAAUCUCCAGAGGCGGCGCGUGUGCUCCUCGAUAACGGAGCGAAAUCCAGCACGUAUCUUUGUCAGGAGAUCCCGGAGCCCGUGUUGCACUCCGCUAUCAGAGCCGGCGCGGUGGAGAUCGUGAAAUUGUUGCUGGAACGAGGUGCCAGCGUGGUCGAGAAGAACCACAUGGGCGAGACACCGUUGCACGUGGCUUGCUUCGUUCAGUCGAUGAAGUGCGUGGAAUUGCUACUGGAAUCGCCCGGUACCAACACCAACGCCGUGGACAGGGCUCACAGGACUCCUCUUCACUUCGCUGUGAUGACCACCCGUUCCUCCGCCAAGCUGGUGGAGAUCCUGUUGAAGCACGGAGCGUCGAUGAACGCCGCGGACAGAACGGGUUUCACUCCUCUUCACGUAGCCGCGUUGAACGAGCAAUCCCACUGCGUGGACGUCCUGAUCUGGGCCGGCGCCGACGUCAGCGCGACCACCAGCGCUGGUCUUUCCGCCUUGAACAUCAUACUCAGGAAAAUACCGGAAUCCCUGCAGGUCUUCAGACAAAGGCUCGACGCCUCCAUAACGCUCCGGCGUCCCGUCCCUCACAACAGGGAGUUCGAGAUGAGGCUGCACUUCGACCUGCUCUUCCCCAGCGGCAACCAAUGCGAGACCAGCUUCAUAAACACCUUCGUCCAGGAACGCCGCAAAGACUUACUCUCGCAUCCCUUGGUGAUGGCUUUCCUCCAUCUCAAAUGGGAGAAGAUACGGAAAUUCUAUCUGCUCAGGAUCCUCCUGUACGCGAUGACCGUGAUCUGCAUGACCACCUACGUCCUCACGGCUUUGGCCUACAAAUGCUACAACUACGACGAGACCAGCAGCUCGAAGAUCUGCGGUAGCAAGCGUCUCUCCGGAUUUCUGUUCAGGAGACCGGUGAUCGAGAUCCAGUGGUAUCUGUUGUUGAUAUUCACCUGCAUCUCCAUACCUAGGAAGAUAUUCGGUUUCAUGGUGUACACGUCGGCGAAACAGUACUUCUCCAACAUCGACAACGUGCUGGACGGGGUCGUUAUAAUCAGCGUGUUCGUCACGUCGUUUAUCUACACGGGUCGCACCUACGAUUGGCAGAAUUACGUGGGAGCGUUCGCGAUACUGUGCGCUUGGACGAACUUGAUGCUGAUGGUGGGCCAGCUGCCGGCGUUCGGCACCUACGUGGCGAUGUUCACCCACAUACAGUUCGAGUUCGCCAAGUUGCUGCUGGCUUACUCCGGGCUGCUGAUCGGUUUCACCGUAAGCUUUUGCGUCAUAUUCGUCGGGGAGCCGUCCUUCGGCAACCCUUUCACCGGUCUCAUCAAAGUCCUGGCGAUGAUGGCGGGCGAGCUGGACUUCGAGGGACUCAUCACCCAGAUCGACGAAGAAACAGAGGGCUCGUUCGUUAUUUACCAUCCGUUGUCCGUGUGCUCCCAAAUCCUCUUCACUCUGUUCAUCGUGUUCGUCACCGUGAUCCUUAUGAACCUUCUGGUCGGCAUCGCCGUCCACGACAUCCAAGGGUUGAGGAACCACGCGGGCCUAACGAAACUCGUGCGGCAGACCAAGCUGAUCCUCUUCACCGAGAUGGUUCUUCACAACAGCUCGAUACCUUAUGCCUUUCGUAAGUGGAUGUCGGACCACAAGAUCAACGUGGAGAACAGAAAAAGGGUCCUGGUGGUGAAACCGUUGAACCCUUUGGAGAAAAGAUUGCCAAAGGACAUCUUGAAAGCGGCUUACGAGGUUGCCCAGAAGAAUAUACCGUUUAUGAACGACGAUAACGACAGCCUCAGCGAUCACGUGAUGCGGAUGAGACAACAGAACGAGGAGUACUCCGACUGCAAUUUGCAAGUGGUCGUCGAAAAUUUAACUAACAAGCUGCACUCCUACGAAGACACCAUUAAGACGCUCAAGGAUCAGCUGUUAGACACCAAUAAAAUCCUGGAGGACGUUAUCAAAAAUCUGACAAAGGAAAAGAAAAAUUGACGCUUCCUAGGUUAUAUUCCCAUUAAUUUUUACGAAUAUGAGCGACAAAGUUGAUAUCGAAGCGAACAUUAAUGGUGGGGGGCCAACUGGACAAUCAGGUGCUAUUCGUUGGGGUAUUGCACAGGGGCUUCGAAACUUUGUCGAUAUUGAC